UCCACCCACCUGAAGCUGAUUGCGGAGCUGUACGACAAGUGCCAGGAAGUGUGCACGCAGUACGCCGAGUUCCUGCAGCACGCCCUGGGCCCAGUCGACUACGCCACGCUGCUUCCCUCAAUGGAGGACCUGGCCACCGUGUACUGCAUAGACCCCGAGCUCAUCUUCUCCUUCUACCGCCCCCUCAUCCACUCCAUUGAGCCCCCGGGCGCCCCUCCGGCGCCCGACGACGACGAGGAGGGGCAGAUUGCAGAGGGCGGCAGCAAGCAGGUCGGUACCGCGGUACCGCCUGGGGCUCAGAGCGCCGGCGGCGGGCCAGGUGCAGGGCCGGAGGCGAUGGAAGAGGAAGGGCAGCUGGAGGCGGGAGAGGUGGCGGCUUCGCCGGGCGAGGCCGCGGCGGGCACGGCCGCAGCGGGUGGGCCGGCGGCGGCGCCGGAGGCCGCCGCCGAGGCGGCCAAGCGGUGGGAGGAACUCGAGCAGCAG